CUUUAUUCUUUGCCUUCAUGUGUAUCUAAGGUAUAUUUUUGUUUGAAUUAUACAUUAUAUAUAGUGGUUUAAGCAUGGCCUGUUACACAUUGCACUCCACAUCUCACACUCUAUUUUUUUUUUCUGAUUACAUAAUACAGAUUUUGCUGUGUUUCGUCGGUACAGUUAUUCUGUACCUGUUCUGGCAUUUCACCGUAGAGAUUCAGUCAUGGAGAAGAAGGUUAUCGACUGGGUCAACCACGAACAUCCUUUGAUUCUUGCUGAAAAUGUGAGUAAAGACGAGACUUCAAAUUGUUAUGGGUGUGGUAAUCCCGUAACUGAUUUGGAAGUGGCAUAUGUUUGCACGGUGCAAAAUUGUUCGAAUAGGAUUAUUCUCCACAAGAAAUGUGGAGAAUUACCUAGUCAAAUUUUGCACCCUAAACACCCUCAACAUCCCCUUCAUCUAUUUGAUUGCCACGUGCCAUGGCUUUAUCGGUGUGAUAUUUGUUUGUGUGAUCUUGGUGAGGUGCUUGUCUACCAAUGUUCAAGUUGUAAUUUCGGCGUCGACUUAAUAUGCGGAAUAACAAGUGUUGAUGAUGUAUUAAGGGGGAAAAUACAAGUAGAACACCCUAGUCACCCUGAUCACCCUUUGACAUUAAUGAGAAAGCCAUUAUUUUCAUUUUGUUGUGAUGGUUGUGGUGUUAACGAUGUGGACAUGGCUUAUAUAUGCUCAACAUGUGAAUUUAUGGUACACAAAACUUGUGCGUUGAUGCCCCUCAUCCUCCCCAUAAAUCUCCGAUACCACCACCACCAUCUUUCUCUUGCCUUCAGUGUACCAAUGAAACAUCAGACAUAUAUAUUCUAUUGUGAUGUCUGUCUUGGGAAAUUAGAUAGAACAAGGUGGAUGUAUUAUUGUGGUGAUUGCAGAUUCAUUGCGCAUAUCAGGUGUGUCGCAUCAACGACUGCUGAGAUAGACUCAAAUUUAGACGGUGAUGAGAAAGAUGGUCUUGAUGCGAUUGAAUUCCCGAUACAUCCACAAGACAUAUCCGAGAAGUUAAUCACACCUUUUGUGAUGAGAGAAAAAGGUCUUAACGACAUCCCAGAUGUAGCAGACAUGCCAGCAGAAGUGCAUAUGCCACAAACCACAGCAAGCUUUUCAUUUUUAUUCAAUUAUCACAACCAUCCUUUGCGUUUGGUUACAGAAUUGUCCAGUAAAGAUGAUGAAGUUGAUCACAACAAUACGAUGGAUGAGAGUGACGAAGAUGACGAGGUGAAGAUAUGUGAUGUGUGUGUAACACCCAUACUUUCUCCUCCAUAUUACGAGUGCGCUCCUUGCAAAUAUUUUGUACACUCCAUUUGCUCCUUGCUUCCAAAAACCUUAUCUUCUUCUCACUUGUACGGUGAUUGCCCAAAAACGCAUGAUAAAAACCAUAAACUCACACUCUACACAAGCUCAAGCUCUAUAGAUAUGGAUCCACAGCUUUUUUGGUGUGAGGCUUGUAAUGCUUUCACAAACGGGAUGGUGUACGAGUGUGAAGGGUGCAAGAUGAGGAUAGAUGUCAAGCGCGCUUCUCUGCCGACAACUAUCAGACACGCAUCUCACCCACAUCGCACACCGCUAGUCUUGACUAGAAUACCACCAGCAGGAGAAGAAUCUGGGAAACGGAAAUAUUGCCAUGGCUGCAAUUAUUGGAUGGGCAACUGUAUUGCAUAUUGCUGCAGCAGCAAUGACUGCGACUUUGCGUUGGACUUGAGAUGUGCUAUGCUGCCGGCGAGCAUAACGAUGCGUGAGUGGGACAAGCACCAUUCAUUGAUGUUGUCAUUUGAUGCCUCUCUCGACCAUCCCUCCGGUUUUGUUUGUGAUUUUUGUGAGGUAGAAUUGUAUCCCAAGAUGUGGAUGUAUCACUGUCGCCAAUGCGACCUUUCUUUCCACCUGUUUUGUCUAAGAGCUGCCUCUGGCUGGUAUAGAAACAUCAAAUUUGGGCGCCGAUUUGUGUUGGACGGGAUUCACCCGAAUCAUCCUCUCACAUUCAAUCACAACACUAUCAAGAGAAGAUGCGACCUUUGUCAUGUGGUUAUGUAUAACUACUGUGGGUUAGAAUGCGCAUCAUGUUACUAUGUUGUGUGCUUGAUUUGUGGUAGGACAGAGUUAGCUAAAAUGAUGAAACUUGCACCUUAAUCGGACAACAUCUAUUUGCUGAGAGCGUUUAUUACAUCUUGUAUUUUUUAUAUAUCAGAAUCGAGAUGUAAAUCUUGUUACUAUAGAUUCACAGUUCUUGUUA